CGGAAGAGGCUUUUUGGUUCCUGCAUCUUGGAUAUACAGCUACUUUGUCCUGCUACAAAUUGAUCACACGAUCUACCAGACAUCAAACAGUCGCUACCCGCCAAACCAAUAUCAAGAUGAAGGCCGCUCUCGCCAUUCUCGCUGCUCUGCCAGCACUUGCUCUCGCCCAGACUACCUGCGAGCCUCACGACGAUCAUUGGCACUGCCCCUCCGGCGUCCCAGAGCCAACAUUCCUCCCACAAGAAGCUGCCACCAGUGUUGAAUCUGUCGUCUCUUCAGCUCUCUCAUCCAUCAUCUCUUCUGCUGCCUCGGCCGCCUCAGCUUCUGCUCAGGCCACUACUUCUGCGCCCGAGGCCAGCGAGACUCACUCUGAUCAUGACCACGAGCAUGAGCAUGAGGCUACCGCUACCACGUGCCAGCCCCACGGCGACCACUGGCAUUGCCCAUCUGGAGUUUCAGAGCCCACUGAGGCACCUGUGACUGUCACCGCCACCACUUGCCAGCCCCACGGUGACCACUGGCACUGCCCAUCCGGCGUAUCAGAGCCCACUGUCGCGCCCGCCCAGACCACUGGCAGCGCAUCGUCGACGCCCUCCGAGACCCCUGGCGCCGCUGCCAUCGGCGGCACCAACGCCGGAAUGAUGGCUCUCGCCCUCGGAGCCCUCGGAGCUGUCUUUGUCUAAACGACGAAGCAUUCAAUAAAAUUCUCUAAUAGUUUCGGACUUCGAUACUGAAUGACCCGCAUGCUGUAUAUAAUUCUUCCACCUUUUCUAGGGCUUUUGAAGAGCCUAUCUUGAUAUCCGAUCCACGGCUCGAGAGCUCUCGAUGCUGGAUCCUUUAAUGAAAAUGAAAAGUUUCUGAACAGCGGUUUCUGAUGUUCAUGCAGUGAUGUGCGGAAAGGGAUGUUGUCCAUGGUCUGGUUCCAGGUACCUGGAGCCCAGCUCAGGGCAAAUCCGAGGAGACUAACUCUGGAAGUGACCAAGCGUUCGGGUACCUGCGUGCAUGACGACCAGAAUGCUGGCUCUCAGGGACAUGUCUCAAGAAAGGGAU